AAAGUAUUCUUCAUACUAAAUUUUAUAUCGUUAAUUUUCCGUCGUUUUAAAAAGCAACAGAAUCAGAUUAAAAAAAUUUUGGCGUUUUAAAAUCUCACAGUAGAGAUAAAAAAAAUGAAUACACUAACACAUAAUAAUAUACUGGAGACAAUACAAUUUAUACCAAUAUUUACAUACCUAAAUAUACUCAAUGAUUAUUUAUACCUUAAAAAUUAUUUAACAGAAGAUGAUCAAACAAAACCAAUACCAAUUGUUAAUGCACUUCAUCAAUUCUUUGAAGACAAUCGAGUAAAAAAAUACAAGACUGGUGAAUUAAUAAAAAUUUUAUUAAAAGGCAGCGAUCUCUAUGGAGAAAAAGAUAACGAAGAAUUUGAUAUUGUUUUUGCCAAUGCCAUGUUUCAUCACAUCAUUAGUUCUCUUGUAUUUGAAAAAUAUGGAAAUAUUUAUGGUUUCUUUGUACAUAUAUUUCGUGAAGCGGAAAAUUUACAAAUAGACUACAUAUUUAAUUUAAUAAAAGAAAAUCUUCAAAAAGCAUCAUUUGACAAUGAAUAUGGCAAUAGUUCGAAACUUACUUCACUCUCAGUGAAUAGAAUAUUUAAUGACAUUAUAUUGCCAAUGUUUCCUCAACCAAAUAAAGUUGAUUUUAAUUUAUUGUCACAUGAUUAUAUUUAUGCACAAGCUGGUUCAAUGUUUCUUAUAUCUGGAAGAAUUAGUAAUGUAUAUUAUAAUAAUUCCAAACACUACAGUGAUAUAACCCCAAAGGACGUUAAUUUAUUUGAAGAAUAUCAAUUAACUGGUUAUGUAAUUGAAAAACUAAUUGUAAAUGAGAAAAAAAAUUUAAGAAUGUUAAAAUCUUUUGCUCUCUCAGCUCUUAUUUAUGAGAUAUUUAAUUCUAAAUAUGAAUACAUUAAUUCGAAUGUAGGGGAAAUUAUAUCAAAUUCACAUUUUUGGCAGAUGGCCUAUAAAAAUUUGUUUCAAUAUAUAAUGAAUAUUUCUAAUAAUAUUACAGAUCAAUUGAAUGAAGACUACAAUUUAAAAAUGCAUUUUGCAGUAUCGAGUUUUCAAAGUCGUACAGCAUUGGCUAAAUUUCUCAUUGACGUUCAUUGUAGUCAAUAUAAUAAUACAAUGUUAAAAGUUUCUGAAUACUUAAAUAAUCCUAAUCACUUCGAAUGUGAAAAUGGAACAUCACUACCUGAUCUAAACGAAUGGUACAUGGAUCAAAUUAAUCAUAUUGUCAGUAUAUAUGAAAAAUUUGAUUUAACAUUAAUUCAACAAGCAUUUGGAGAAUCUUUCAUAAAUUCUCUUAAAUCAGCUAACGUUAUUAUAAAACUAAUACAUUUUAAUGAUAAAAUAGAUAUUGGUGACUUUUCUAAUACGAUACAAUCACCCUAUGAUUUGUUACAAUUUUAUUAUCCCGAUAGGAUGAUAAUGGAACAUUAUAUUUUAAAAAGAGAAAGCUAUAAUGUAACACUAAACAAAAUACCUGAUGAAUUACAAUUUAAUUAUAAAACUUUUGAUAUGAAAUAUCAAAAAUUAUUCAAUGGCAGAACAAUAUAUAAAGUUUUAAAAGCAUUAAAUUGGAGUAUGGAUUUGUUUUGGAAAAAUUUUUUAGAUUAUAAAAAAGAACGAUUAGAGAUGUAUUUACAAUUUUUUCACAUAUGUCAAUUCAAAAAUGAAGAAUGGAAAAAUAAAUUUUGGCAAGAAUUUAGUUUACCACAACAGGCAUUUAAUUUUAAUUUAUCAACAAUUAAUAGAGGUGCAAGUUUUUGUGAAAUAACUGAAUUGAAAUUUUCCGAUAAUGAAAAUGAUGAUUCAUCAAAUAUAAUACAUACAAAGACAAAGGAACUUUUGUCCUCGUUAGGAACAUCUAUAAAUGCAAUUUUUUUACAAAAUACCUGUAAUCAAGUAAUGGAAGAAUUAGAGAUAGAACAACGAGAGGAAACAGUUUCUUUGAAAAGUAUAUUAAACAGAAUUGAUUUAUUUGAAAAUAUUAGUCUAAUUCAAUAUGAAUCUACAUUUGAACUUACAACUUUAGCACAAGAAAACAUUGUUCUACUAACAAAGAUCAUUAAUGCCUUAAAAAGUAAAACAAAUUUGAGUUUGGUGUCAAUAACAAAUUCUCUUAAUAAAAUGUUAAUUUUAAAAUCAUCUACCCUCAAACCCAUUGGUUUUGUUGGUGAAGAUAAUAGUCAUAUAGUAUACAUAAACACUAUUGAUAUGAAAAGUGAUACUGGCUAUGGUUAUAAGUUCACUGUUAUAAAUACAGAUGUUCCAAAAUCUGUAUUAUUGAGAACUGGCUAUGAAUAUAAGAAUGAAAUAUUGAUUUUACAAAUUCAAGACUUUACAGACGACAUUAAAUUGUAUCUUAAAUUAAAUGACUUAACUUUAAAACCAGAGGCUGAAGAAUUUGUGUAUGAAGUCAAUAAUCAACUUCAAAGAAAUUCGACUAAACUUAAAUUUUUAGGAAUACCACUUUAUCACGAUGAUGAUAAAUGUAAUGAUCGUUUGUAUUUUUUACAGUCAAGACAACUUAAUGUUUGUCAAAGAAAAUUGAAAUUUAAUGUUAAAAACGAAUAUGAGGAGAAUAUAAUAAAAUAUGUCCAAAAUAAAACACAACUUUCCGAACAACAAAUACGCGAAACAUUGAAAAAAUACACAUUUCCAGAUAGGGCAGCACAAUCAUCAGCUAUUAAUCAUUGGAUAAAUGAUAAAUUCUUCCAAUUACCUCAUUGGAUUGAGAAUUAUGUAAUUAAAAAUUCCGAUGAUUUAAAUACAUUAAGAUACAGUUUAAAUCUUGAAAAUCAUAAUACUAUAUCAAUUUUUGAUGGUAAAUUUCGAAUCUUAUCAUUUUAUCAACAAAGAGAUAGAUGUCGAAUUGAAAAAGAAGCAGCUUUAGAAACUAUAAUUGAAGAUUACAAUCAACAGAAAGUUAGAUUAUUAGCAUCAUUUCAUGAUUAUUAUGCGAUAAGAAAUUUUGCAACAACCGGAUAUUCACGAAUAAUUUAUGAUUCACAUGAAGCGAAACUAAUGAAACUUGCUUUAUAUAAUUUAGCAAUAAGACAAUCUGACGAUCCGGAGGAAAAAUUUGAUGAGAAAUUAUAUCGAAUUGAAUCUAAACCUAUUGGUUAUAUUAACAAAUUACUAACUUCAAAAACAAAUAUUACUUUACAAAAAUUUACAACAGCCUUGACAUGUCAACUACUUGCCAUAAGUCUUGCCGCUUAUCCACAAAAUGGAUUUCAAAAUAUUGUUUAUGAAAUGUUAUUUGAUGGACCAUAUAUGAGAGGGAAAAUACAACAACUUUAUGAAUAUGAAGAAACAAUGAUAAUUCUAUUACCUGGAACUGUGUUUACAAUUGCAAAUUAUACAGAAAUGUACAUUGAAGGAUUGGGUUUUGUUACGAAAGUGGUACUUCAGAUUAAACAUUAUGAUGAAGACAAGUACAGAUGGUAUAAAAAAAUUAUGAAUGAAAUUUCACAAAUCAACUUCUAAAGACAAGCAAUGCGAAUUUCGACAUUCAAUUGGAUAUAUAUUUAUUUGAUGAACCUUGCUUUUAUGUAGAAUGCGUAGACAAAAUUAUUUUCGAAACAGUUUCUCCAUAAAUACCACAGAAAGGUGUUCACAACAUGAUUAUAUACAUAUACACUGUAAACUUAAAGUGGUAUCUUUUUAGAAUGCAACGUUUUGAUUCGAUAUAAGGUAUCAAAUUGAUACAAAUAUUUGGAUCAUUUUCAAGAAGUG